CGUCCUGAAUCGAUACCUUCCCAUAGUUGAUCUACUCAUACUUGCAAAUUCAUAUGCUAAUACGGCGAUUCACGAUCGCACGUUCUGCACCGUUUGGUUCCAUGUCGACUCAUGGCUUAUGGUGGUCAGCGUGACGGUCAUAGAUUGUAUCCUACUCCUUCGUACUUGGGCUAUAUGGGAGUGCUCGCGAUUGAUAAUGGCAGGACUGUCGGCGCUUGGCACGCUGUGCAUACUUGCACUAGCUGGAGCCACGCUGUUCGCCGAUCUGACAGUUAUUCCCGACGAGGAAAGCCGGAUCGUCCGGCCCUGCGACACGAUAUUACCGCGAGUCAAUGUACUCUAUUCCAUCUGGAUCAGCAUCCUGGUCUAUGACACGACUGUGAUGACCUUAACCAUGAUCCGUAUUAUUCCGGAGGUGAAAUCGAUGGUAUCGAAGACACCUCUUGCGGUCCGCGUACUGCGGGACGGGGUCCAGUUCUUCCUGGCACUGUCAUUGAUUGCUGUUGGAAACAUCGUGGUCCUCAAUGCUGCUCCUCCUCAGCUGUCAACGAUGUUGUUUACAUUUCACCGGAUAAUGGUGUCCACUCUCGGGUCGCGAAUCAUCCUAAAUCUUCGGGG